GUCACAGUGUACUCCCUGAGCAGUUUGCUUUUCAUAAAUACCUUUUUGCCUCCUUGCACUGACUCCCCUGAACUAUUACCCUGAGGAUUUAAGAUGUAUCCCAGUGUGAAGUGAAGGAGUUUCCUGCACAUGGACAAAAGCUGAAAGUUGCCUUCAUCUUUUAUUUGUAAAGCUGAAAUGAAGGAGAUUUAGAUUCUGAUGAACUCUGUGUAGCUGCUCUCCAUGUCUGCACUAACUGCCAUAUGAGGUAAGAGAAACUGAACAUGCCUCGCAGUCCAACAUCAAGUGAAGAUGAGAUGGCACAAAGCUUUUCAGAUUAUUCUGUUGAAUCUGAAUCAGACAGCUCCAAAGAAGAAACUAUUUAUGAUACUAUCAGGGCUACAUCAGAGAAACCAAGCAGCAGAAUGGAAGACAAUAGAAGCAACACAUUAGUGAUACGAAUUAUAAUACCUGACCUACAGCAAACGAAAUGCAUUAGAUUUAAUCCUGAAGCUUCAGUUUGGGUAGCAAAACAACGAAUUUUAUGCACUUUGAAUCAGAGUUUGAAAGAUGUCCUGAAUUAUGGACUGUUUCAGCCUGCCAGCAACGGGAGAGAUGGGAAAUUUUUGGAUGAGGAACGACUCCUUAGGGAAUAUCCACAACCAGUGAAUAAAGGUGUUCCCUCCUUAGAGUUUCGGUACAAGAAGAGAGUGUAUAAGCAAUUAAAUCUUGAUGAAAAACUGCUGGCCAAGCUUCAUACGAAGGCUAAUUUGAGAAAAUUUAUGGAUCAUGUUCACCAUCUCUCAGUGGAAAAAAUCACAAAGAUGUUGGAUCGAGGACUGGACCCUAACUACCAUGACCUAGAGAGUGGAGAAACUCCUCUAACUUUGGCAGCUCAGCAUGAUAAUACCAUAGAAGUAAUCAAAGCUCUGAAAAAUGGAGGGGCACAUUUAGAUUUCAGAGCCAAAGAUGGAAUGACAGCUCUGCACAAAGCAGCUAAAGCCAAGAACCAAGUAACCCUCAAGACCCUUUUAGAGCUUGGAGCAUCUCCUAACUACAAGGACAGCUGUGGAUUGACACCACUAUAUCACACCGCUGUAGUGGGAGGAGACCCUUAUUGUUGUGAACUUUUACUUCAUGAACAUGCUACAGUCAGCUGCAAAGAUGAAAAUGGAUGGCAAGAGAUUCAUCAGGCUUGCCGAUAUGGACAUGUCCAGCAUUUAGAACACUUACUUUUUUAUGGAGCAGAUAUGGGAGCACAGAAUGCUUCAGGGAAUACAGCAUUGCAUAUUUGUGCCCUUUAUAACCAGGACAGCUGUGCAAGAGUUCUGUUGUUCCGAGGAGCCAACAAGGAGUUAAAGAAUUAUAACAGCCAAUCUUCAUUUCAGGUGGCCAUAAUAGCAGGAAAUUUUGAGCUGGCUGAAUAUAUCAAAAAUCACAAGGAAACAGAUAUUGUGCCAUUUAGAGAGGCCCCUACCUAUUCAAACAGGAGGCGAAGGCCCCAAAGCACAUUGGCAGCACCUCGUGUCUUACUUCGUUCCAACAGCGAUAACAAUCUGAACAUCAACAACAUUCCUGACUGGUCAGCUUCAUCUUCUGCUUCUUCACACCGCAGCCUUUCACCUCACCUAUUUCAACAGAUGCAGAAUAAUCCUAAUGGAACUGUAAAAACUGUUGGGAGUUAUACCCCCUCAUCUCGGAGUCGGUCGCCAUCAUUAAACAGGGUAGGAGAGGAUGCAAAAAGACAGCAACAUAGGCACAUCAGUGCCGGUUAUAAUCCCAGUGCCAACAAGGAUGCUAUCUCUGCCUUGGAUUAUCAGGGUCCAAAACGCAAACUUUACAGUGCUGUACCUGGAAGACUUUUUAUUGUCAUCAAGCCAUAUCAACCUCAAGGAGAAGGGGAGAUUCAUCUGCACAAAGGGGACAGGGUGAAAGUUUUAAGCAUUGGUGAAGGUGGAUUCUGGGAAGGCAGCACCCGAGGACUUGUUGGAUGGUUUCCUGCAGACUGUGUUGAGGAAGUGCAGUGUAAACCAAACGAAAGCAAACCAGAAACUCGAACAGAUAGAACAAAGAAAUUGUUUAGACACUACACAGUUGGAUCAUAUGACAGCUUUGAUGCUUUAAGUGACUGCAUUAUAGAAGAAAAGGCAGUGGUUCUGCAGAAAAAAGACAAUGAAGGAUUUGGAUUUGUGCUCAGAGGGGCAAAAGCUGAUACACCUAUUGAAGAAUUCACCCCAACUCCAGCCUUUCCUGCUUUGCAGUACCUGGAAUCUGUGGAUGAAGGGGGAGUAGCAUGGCAAGCUGGCUUGAGAACUGGAGACUUCCUGAUUGAG